AUGCCCGAGUAUGAUCUCGUGUCGUGGAAUUCCAUUCUUGCGGCAUAUGCCCGGAACGGGCAUGUAGAGGGAGUCGAACGUGUUUUUGAUUCUAUGGAGGCUCGUGACCUUGUGUCAUGGACGACAAUCUUGGUUGCCUUGUCGCAGGGCGGAGAUUUGCACGGAGCAAAGCUUUUGUUUGAUGCAAUGCCGCAGCACGAUCUCGUUGCCUGGACCGCGAUGCUCGGCGCAUACGCACUGAACGAGGAUGUCGAUUCGGCACAGAGGAUUUUCCGCGAGAUGCCUGAGAUAGAUCUCGUUUCGUGCAACACCGUGAUGCGAUGCUGCCGUGAUGCUAGACAAUCAAAGCUUAUAUUUGACUCCAUGCCGCAGAGAGCUCUCUCGUCGUGGACAACAAUGCUCGCUGUUCUUGCCAAGAACAGCCCCGGGGAGGAAACCAAGAGCUUUUUCUAUCAAAUGCUGGAGCUUGAUCUUACUUCCUGUAUGAUAAUGUUUCUCUCACAACCCUCAGACUUGGAGCUUGUGAAGGCCACCUUUGAUCAAAUUCCGCAGCGGGAUCUGUGCUCUUGGAACUCUGUUCUUUCGGCGUAUGCCCAAUGA